CGGAACCCAAAAAUAGAUAUCGAUAUGUUUAUUACUUAUAAUAAUCGCUACCUUUUAAAUGAUAAUAGAUAUUAUCGGGGAUUAAAUAUAUUUUUCGGGUAUAUAUUAUAUUACAAUUAGUGUAAAUAUCGCAUAUCCAAAGUGGUCUUAAGACUGUGUGUGCAAAAAAAUAUCGGUUACAACCUAAAUUGGAAUGUUCAAAAACUUACUAUUCUUGGCGGCCUUAGGGCUAGCCUUGGCCCGGCCCAACGAUGAGGCGAGUCCAAUGAGCUUCUACGAGCCUCAUGAUGACUGUCCUCCUGCAGAGGUCCAUUUCCUCCUUCCUCACGAAUAUGACUGCACCAAAUUCUACUACUGUGAAUAUGGUCUAAAGUGGAUUGAACCCCGAAGCUGCGCUCCAGGAACGGAAUUCAAUGCUGCGGCACAGGGUUGUGUACAUCCAGUUGACUCUGGAUGCCAUCUACCUGGACCUGGAGGAAGUUCAACUCAAGCACCGACCACUUCUCAAGUGCCAACAACUACAACAACAACUCAAGCACCUACAACAACAACUACUACAACAACUCAGGCACCAACAACCACGACAACUACAACAACUCCAGUACCUACAACCACAACAACUACAACCACUCCAGCACCUACUACAACAACAACUACUACCACCACAACAACCCCGGCACCAACGACUACAACAACUACAACAACUCCGGCGCCCACGACUACAACCACUACAACAACUGCGGCACCAACCACAACUACAACAACACAGGCACCAACCACUACAACAACAACACAGGCACCAACAACUACAACCCAAGCUUCAACCACUACUCAACAAACAAGUUCUGUUGGUCCAUCCAGCACUUCUAGACCUGACUGCGAUUUCUUGGACAAUGGCUGCCCAGCUGACUUUGACGUCCAUUGGCUCCUCCCUCAUGAGGAGUACUGCAACAAAUUCUACUACUGUGAUAAAGGACAACUUGUUGAAAGGUUCUGCGCUCCCGGUACCGUCUUCAGUCCCAUUGUAGGCGUCUGCGUUCACCCUGUUGACUUCGACUGUGGAGACAAAGGCAUUGCGGAUCAACCUGAUGGUCCAAUCGAUGAUAAUAACAAACCCUGCAACGGAACUGACAACGAUAUCGGUGAGGUCCUCGAAAAUGGAUGCCCAGCUAACUUUGACGUGCACCAUCUCCUCCCUCACGAAACAGACUGCGACAAAUUCUACUACUGCGUCCAUGGACAAAAAGUUGUGAGCCCCUGUGCUCCUGGCACGCACUUCAACUACGAAAUCCAGGCUUGUGACUGGCCUUACAACGUGAACUGCGUCCCUGGUGGUGGCGACAAUGAUGAUGACAAUGACCCUGAUAAUGAAGAUGACUCUGACUCCGAAAGUGUUGAGAUCAAUGAUCCUGAAGACAAUGGCUUCGUACCCCUUCCUAACGGAUGCCCAGCAGACUUUAGUAUCCAUCAUCUCCUGCCUCACGAAAGCGACUGCAGCAAGUUCUACUACUGUGUCCACGGACAGAAAGUAGUCUCCAGCUGUGGACCUGGAACUCAUUUCAACCCUGUUCUUCAGGUUUGCGACUGGCCACACAACGCUGGAUGCGAACAGUCAUCCAACUGCCCUGGUGGCAACAACUGCCCGGGAGAUGAUGACAAACCCGGUUGUAAUGGUAACUGCCCAGAAGAUGAUGACAAACCCGGUUGUAAUGGUAACUGCCCAGAAGAUGAUGACAAACCCGGUUGUAAUGGUAACUGCCCAGGAGAUGAUGAUGAUAAUGGCUUCGUACCCCUCCCCAAUGGAUGCCCAUCAGACUUUGACAUCCACCACCUCCUGCCUCAUGAGAGCGACUGCAGCAAGUUCUACUACUGUGUCCACGGACAGAAAGUAGUCUCCAGCUGUGGACCUGGAACUCAUUUCAACCCUGUUCUUCAGGUCUGUGAUUGGCCGGCAAAUGCUGGAUGUGAACACUGGAAUCCCGAUGGACCAGUCUGUGACGGCAACUGCCCCGGAGAUGAUGACAAACCCGGUUGUAAUGGUAACUGCCCAGAAGAUGAUGACAAACCCGGUUGUAAUGGUAACUGCCCAGAAGAUGAUGACAAACCCGGUUGUAAUGGUAACUGCCCAGAAGAUGAUGACAAACCCGGUUGUAAUGGUAACUGCCCAGAGGAUGAUGACAAACCCGGUUGUAAUGGUAACUGCCCAGAAGAUGAUGACAAACCCGGUUGUAAUGGUAAUUGCCCAGAAGAUGAUGACAAACCCGGUUGUAAUGGUAACUGCCCAGAAGAUGAUGACAAACCCGGUUGUAAUGGUAACUGCCCAGAAGAUGAUGACAAACCCGGUUGUAAUGGUAACUGCCCAGAAGAUGAUGACAAACCCGGUUGUAAUGGUAACUGCCCAGAAGAUGAUGACAAACCCGGUUGUAAUGGUAACUGCCCAGAAGAUGAUGACAAACCCGGUUGUAAUGGUAACUGCCCCGGAGAUGACGACCCGGUCUGCGACGGCAACUGCCCCGGAGGCGACGACCCAGUCACCGACAACCCAUGCGCAAAUCAAUGCAAUGUUGCUCCUUGGGCUUCAGACGAUUGCGACAAAUACUGGAUGUGUGUAGGCGACAAGAAGGUCCAAAUCACCUGCUCUGAAGGUCUGCAUUUCAACCCUACAACUUUGACAUGUGACUUCCACUGCAACUCAGGUUGUGAGAGGAAGAAGCUCGAGCUCACUGAGCACUACGACGGAGUCAGAAUUUUCCUUCCAUGGAACCAACUAAAUAGCGAAACGAAACGUCUCCUGAGCCUUGAGGAAUUGUAAACUUCUAACUUAGAAAGCAUAAUAUUGUAAACGAAUUAUAAAUUAUACAUCUAUAAACACUUUUAAUGUAGAUUCUCUUUUAUUGAAAUUGUCAUUGUUAUAUUUAUAUUGCAUAAAAUAACACAAAAUUUUUCCCAAUUUCUUCUUCUGUAUAAAUUCAUGAAAGUAGCUUGUUCAUAAAUGCAUCUUAAAUCUCUCUUUAAAAUUGUUGAGUCAAUGUUGCAAGAAGAGGUUUAAGUCAAAAUGUAAAAUAAAUUUUACAAAUCAUUUAUACCAAAACAACAAAAUUUAUGAAUGGAAAAAUAAAUUUUAAAAAUUGUAAUAAUUAAAAAAAGGAAUGUAAAUAAAACGUAUUUAUUUCAAAAUUAAUAUUUUAUUUGUAAAUAUUAUACAUAAAUAUCGUAAAUUGUAAAUAAUAAAUAUAUGAAAUCGACAAUUUCACUCGUUCCUAGCGUAAUGUCUUAUGUUAAGUUUAUCUUAGACUAAAAUUAAAUAAGGCUUAUUAAAUUAUUAUUUAAUAUUAAUUUGCUUUUCAUUAGGGGUCCCUAAUACAUUGCAUAUAAGGUUCCUUUUUUAAUGUCAAUAUUAUAUUUUCGUAUAUUUUUUAUUUCUAAUACGGUAGUUUCCAACUAGUCAAAUUCAAUACUUUUAUCCAAAUGUCAAAAACGAUACUUUUCUAUGAAAUUUGUAUGAAAAACUGAGCUAUGACGUCAUAACUUUUUUGUGUCAAGUAGCUUACUUCUUUCUUAAUAAUUAGCUAAAAAAAUCAA